AAAGGAAGAAUAAACCACAAUAAAUGGUGAGGAAAACAUAAGAGAGGAGGAAGAGAAAGGUGAAUCAGGAGGAAGCAGAGAAAGCACCAAGAUCUUAGGUCAGCAUGGGAACGCAGGUCAACACCUUAAUGAUCAGUGAAUACGAUGAAGCUCUUACCUUACAGAAUGAAAUGCAGGAGAACAGUAAGGCUCUGGCUUGGUCUAAUGUUUCAAAAGCACAUGCCAGCAUCACCCAACCUCCAUCAACCCUACCCCCAAGCCACCCAGCAAAGGGACUCCUGCUCAUGAGGCCCCUACGAUCCAUAAAUCAGAUACCUUGGAUGAUUGCAGUGGUGAUACCAGUUGCAAUAUCCCAAUGAUCAAGCUUUCUUCAACCGAAAAGGAAAACCUAAGUGCACCAUGGAAAUACUCCCUUAUUGCCAAAGUCCUUGGCAGAAAGGUCGGGUUGCAAUACUGCCAAGCUCAUCUUCAUCGCCUUUGGUCUCUUGAGGGAACAGUGGACAUCAUUGACCUUGGCUAUGGAUUUUUCUUGCUAAAAUUUUCGCUCCCUACAGAUUAUAUCAAGGUGUUUAAAGGGGUUCCAUGGCUGAUCCACGGCUACUAUAUCUCUCUUCGUCCAUGGGUUCCUAACUUCAAGCCUUCAGAGGCCACCAUCACUCAUGCUAAGGUUUGGGUUCGCCUUCCUGAACUCCCCAUAGAAUAUUAUGACAAGGAGGUGCUGUUCCAGAUUGGAGCAGCUAUUGGCAGAACUAUCAAGAUUGACCCCAUUACUGAAAAACAAGCAAGAGGCAGAUUUGCGCGAAUGUGCGUUGAAGUAGAUUUAAAGCACUCACUUCUUCCCCAAAUUAAGCUUGGUGAACUCCAGCAGAAGAUUGAAUAUGAGGGUUAUGUUGAGCAACUGCAGCAGGAUUAUUCUCCAUGCCCGCCCCUGAUUGCCAAUCCAACCCAUUCUUAUUCCUCUUCACAUACAAAGUUUGUACACCCGAAUCCCCUUGGAGCCCCUAAUGCUUCACAAAAUGUGGCCUCCAACAACAGAAAUACCUCCAUUGAUGCCACUUGGCUUCGAGUUCCCUGUUGGCAGCGCAAAUGCCCGCAAAAAACAAAACAGAUUCAGGAUCACAGGGUCCUAAGGUCCCAAAAGAGAAAGCUAUGAUUGGAACCGGAUUGUCAUCAUCAGGUUCAAGGUUCAGUGUUCUUGAACUAGAAAAUCAUCUUGAUCCAGCUGUUGAACCCAAGCCUUCGAAAGGGAAAUCUGAGCACACUUCUGUGAGUACAAGCUCUUCUUACAAUGGGAAGAACAUUGGAUCUAAAUUGGGGCAAAAGCAAUGUCCCAAAGCUGGAGAGGGUAAAUCCUUGUCUGCAGCUUUGCCAAUUGCGGCAACAAAGCUGUCAAUGCCGGAGGAAACCCUUUCCAACCAUGUGGAGGCAUCUGUAGAACCUAAAGUGUUGUCUAGAUUGUGUAAUCCUAUGUCAGUCAAGCAGCCACAAGACUCGUUGAAGCAAGUGCAGAAACCCCACACCUCUUCCCCACUUCUUUCCUCAACAUUAUCUUCAUCCAAAGUUGUAGCUUCCUCUUUCAGCAAGGGCCAGCAACCAACACAAGAUGAUGAGGUUUAUCUGCCACUACCAGCUUCUUUCCGCACCACUUCUACACCCACUGAAAUCUGGUCCCCCCGGUGCAGUAAUUUAGUUAUGAAGAAUGCAUCCUGCACAGCCCCUACAUCACUCAGUUUGAACCAGCCACAACCCUCAAAACAGAGUGCCAUUCCUCAGCUUUCUCCUAUGCCAGAUGCCACCAUCCAGUUCCAUUCUGAAGUGAUGCAGCGCUCAACAAAACAGCGAAAAAUAAAGAGCAUACCAGGAUUGGUUCAACUAUUUCAGGAGCUGAGCACUGAAAGCAGUCCAACAGUCUUCAGCAUUGAUUCAGCUAUUUCAGACAUUGAAAUUAGCGUGAGCAUCUCACCCUUGCCUACUGGAAAGGCAAAUCAUCACAGCAUAAGCUUCAGUCCCUCCAAAACCAAUCACAAUAUGCACCCUUUGCCAAAAGGACAGGCAGGAACAUACCAGAACGUCUCAAAAGCCAUCCCUGAACCUCAUCCAAAGAAACUUCUAUGUUGGAAUUGUCGUGGAGCAGGUGAGCUCAAGUUCAUGCGAGCUAUAAAGGAUCUAAUCAAACUACACGAGCCAUCCAUAGUAGUUCUUCUUGAACCAAAGAUUUCUGGUGGUGAUGCAGACCAGGUCAUCAAGGAAAUUGGCUUCUCUGGCCAAUACCGUAUUGACCCUGAGGGCUUUGCUCAUGGAAUUUGGAUUUUGUGGCAGACAGAGGAUGUCCGUGCUGAAGUUACUUCAUCUACCCCACAUCAGAUUCACUUGUCAGUUCAAGUCCUCUCUGAGGCCUUCGAUGGUAUGCUUUGUGGAGUUGGUGCUGAUACUGAUGCCCUCAAUGGGAUUCCAUAUGAAGUAGAUGACAAUCUUGAGCCAUUUACUCAACAUUGGGACUCAAGUUUCUUUUAUACUUCAGAGAGCCUGAUGUACCCACCAACCUCAGAAUGGGUUCCUUUCUCAAAGGAAGUUGAGGUAGGACAGAUUUCAUCUUGGGCUUAAGAGCUCUAUGUUUUCUCAUUGCCAUUUGCCUGGAGCUUUGCAAGUUUCCAUCCAUAUUCAUAGUCAUUCUCUCAAUUAAUUGAGAAGAAGCUUCAUGCUUGCAUUUUAGAAGAAUUGUUUCUCAAGAAGGGAGUUCCUCUGUUAUGAUUUAGAGGGGAAAGUGUUGUAUUCCGAAUAUGUACGCAUAAUGGAAUAUUGUUUUGAGUUUGUGGUUACCCUUUGCACUCGAGGGUUCCAUGCUAAAUUUCCUUUCUUAUGUUUUAGGGGGGAAAGUGUUGUAUUUGGAACAUAAUGCAUAAUGGAGAUUGCUUUGAGUUUGUGGUUUCCCUUCACACUGAAGGGUUCCACGUUAAAUUUU